AUAUUCCACAGAAGCAAAUCAGAUAAUAUAUGUUUUAAGAUACAAAUGAAGCAAAUAUUGUUGGGAAUGUCUUGAAUUAUAUUCUCCACCCAGAGGAAACCAAAGAUCUCAGCUUCAAGGAAGCUGAUGCUCAAGAGUCUGAUGGUGGCAAAAGCCAAGGAGGAAUUAGAGCAGGAGGUCAUUGUUAAGGAGGAGGAGAAGCAGAGGUAUCUGGCAGAGAGGGCUCCACCUCUAAACACCAGCGGCUUGAGCCUUGCACAGCUACAGGAUCUCUGCAGAGAACUCCAUGCCAAAAUCGAUGUGGUCGAUGAGGAGCGAUAUGACAUUGAAGCCAAAGUCAUGCUUAAUACACGUGAGAUUAAAGAUCUGAACAUCAAGGUGUUGGACCUCAGGGGGAAAUUCAAGAGGCCUAAUCUUCGACGUGUUCGUGUGUCUGCUGACGCCAUCCUCCGUUCGCUGCUGGGCUCCAAGCACAAAGUCUCCAUGGACCUCCGAGCCAACCUCAAGUCUGUCAAGAAAGAGGACACUGAGAAGAAGAGGCCAGUAGAAGACAGUGACUGGAGGAAGAACGUAGAGGCCAUGUCAGGGAUGGAAGGAAGGAAGAAAAUGUUUGAUGCUGCUAAGGGUCCUGCCCAGUGAACACAGAGAGUGGGCGGGUGUCAUGUGAGUGCUAGUGCUUCUCCUGCAUCUGAAAUGAUUUUGUUACAGUUUUUAUUUUUUGCAGCUUCUGGAUUUUUGUCUCAUGCUGUCAGACUUUGUUAUGCUCCUGCCAUGGAGGUGAGAAGAUGUCCCCCAGACUCCCAAAAGGUUUUCUCUUCUCUUCUAUUUGCUGUUCAUUGAUAAGAUGUUAAAAAUGACUGCAUCUAUUUCACAUGUGCAAUUAUUUGUAUUGUUCUCAUAACCAAUAUUGUAUCUGAACCCUAGUUAUUUAGAAAUCAUCUCGGAUCUCUGUAAGACAAAUGUAGAUAAUAUUGUGACCAAAUCAGUGGACUUAAUGGUGUCAUAGCCAAUGAUCUGGUCAAAUUAAAUUGCAUAUUUGAUAUUCUUGCUUGGGGAUAAACUGUAAGCAUGGGUUGUGGUUUUAUGAACUGGUAACAAAAUGAUGUAUGCUUCAUCAGCUAUACUUACAUGAAAACUGACACAAUAAAAAAAAAACCUUAA